UUCAUUUGUUUUCUUCGGUAACUAUUGUGCUUUUGUGAUGGAUGUUUCCACCCUUUUUUCUCUCACAAGUCUAACUUUGAAUAGUGAAUGAUAAAUACUCAGUAAAGGAUUACUUCUGAGAACUUUUCACCUUUGAAUGAAAAGUCAAGAUCAUUCGAUACAAUCUUUCAGACAAAACUCAUGACUUCAUUAAAGUCCAGUCUUCGCGCGUCCUAAACUGUAAAUUUUUCUACGAAUUGACAACGAUAAAGGCUGACAAGACAAAAAGACAAGUAUCUUUCGUGGCAACUUCUUAUAUGUUGCAGCUUCUCCUCUGUGUUUCUUCCCACGUUUUAAGUCCCUUUGACAUUGUUUUUUAUAUUUAAGCGUGUGGACAUCUUUGCUUUUGUUGUGAACAUAACCAUGGAUUUGAAGAGAAAGGCAGGAGCAACUGACACCAAUGAGGUCUUCCCUCAGCACAAGAUGAAGAAAGCUUGGGAGGAUGCAAAGUCUGGUCACAAAUGCUUCGUGCUGUAUGCCAGGUCACUCCACAUCAUUUGGAGUGACCAUGAAUACUGGAUGUGGGAAAGUUUUAAAGAAACAAGUGAUGAGAAAAUUGAAGUAGCCAGACUAAGAACUGUUUGUUGGCUGGAAGUGAAAGGAAAAUUCAAAAUAUUAGACCUUUCGCCGGGAACUGUAUAUGAAGUUGUGUACGUAGUCAUGUUAACGAAAGAGGCAUCCGGUUGGGAACUUCCUGUGAAGCUUAAAUUAUCUCUCCCUGAUGGAAAAGUUCAGGAGCGUCAAGUUAGUCUCUUGCAGAAGCCUAGAGGGCAAUGGAUGGAGCUCGGUCUUGGCCAUUUCUGCACAGGGGAGAAUGGUGAAACAGGUGAAGUUUGCUUUGAUCUCUACGAAAUUGGGGGCCACUGGAAAAGUGGACUUGUAAUAAAGGGUGCCAUUCUAAGGCCGAUAAACUGAAUCGCUUGGUGUUUGGAUAGGGUCAUCAUUUUAAAAAUUGCGGUCAUUAUAUCAUUUGAUAAGUACUUAAUGAUUUUA